AGAGUGCCCAGACAAACUGCCGGAAAAAUCCACACCAUGUCUUUGGCCUCUUGGCGCAAAGGGUCGUCGCUCUAGGCAUCUCUAUGGUGAAACUUAUAUAUACUUUGCAUGGGAAGCCUGAACUAGGUCUAUUUUAAACCGGAAGUGUACAUAAAGACUGGGAAGGCACUUUUAAGAUUAGAGGACGCAAUGGUCUGUGCUGCUGUUUUUGCUAUUUCUGCCAUUUUGAGGAGUACCACUGGAGCUCUUCCUGUUUGUUCUGCACUCUUACCGCUGAGACGUACAGCUUUAUGUUAUUGCACAGUAAAUGGGAAAAUGAAAUCCAAAAUAAAGUUGGAUCAUUUGGAGAGAACAGCAAACAACUUUCGACACGAGAUGAUUUCUAAAGCAAAAGUAUGUGGAAUCACGGAUGAAUCUGAAACAGUUAAAAGACUCCGUUUAGCGGUCACAGAUAAAGAAUUUACUUUUAAGGCAGGACAAUGGGUAGACUUCUUUAUACCUGGAGUUGCUGUAGUUGGUGGAUUCUCAAUAUGUUCAAGUCCUGGUCUGUUGGAACAAGAAGGAGUAUUGGAAUUAGCAAUAAAGCGUACAGCACACCUUCCUGCUCACUGGGUCCACACUCAGUGUGCUCUUGACUCAGAGGUGGCUUUGCGAGUGGGAGGCAACUUUUUCUUUGAUCCUCAACCAUCAGACAUACCUGUAAACCUGGUGCUCAUUGCAGGUGGAGUAGGAAUCAACCCUUUGUUUUCUAUACUGCUUCACGUCGCUGACCUUCAUAAAACUCAAGAAAAUAAAGGGAUUGGGUACACGGUGGGAACAGCAAAUCUUUUCUACAGUGCAAAAAACAGCCAUGAGCUUCUGUUUAGGAAACAAAUCCUUGGGCUGACAAAUGCAUUUCCUGGAAAGAUUGCGUGCAGUUUCCAUGUUACCCAGCAGAAUUCGCAGAGCUGUGAGAAACUUCAGCCUUACAUCAAGGAAGGAAGAAUAUCUGCAAAAGAUCUUGAAAAAUGUAUCUCCAAGGAUACUUUAUGGUACAUCUGUGGUCCACCUCCAAUGAUAGAAUCCGUCUCCAAGCUGCUAGGAAACCUUGGGGUGGCCCCAAAGAACAUUUUCUUUGAAAAGUGGUGGUAGCACAUGCAACAACAAUUUAGCAGAAAAUAGAAACCAAAGGUAAAGAAUAUAUAUGUACUGAUGAAAGCCAAGAAUAUGCAGAAAAUGAACAUUUCCAUGUAUGCAAAUGAGAUCAUCCUGUAUGAAAUUCUACGACAUUCUAGAUUUGGUCAGUCAAUCUUGAAAAAAUAAACACAGUAGAAAAACACAGUUUAUAAUCAUGACAUUAUUGUAUAUAUGACUGACUUGACUGCAACUUUUGAAAGUAAAUAAUAUAUUUCUUUAA